UUGUUCACAGAGGUCUUUAACUCGUUACUAACGCUUAUUUGAUUAAUCCGCUAACUGCGGCGAUCCAAGCAAUGAAACCGUCCGGCGGCAAAUCGUAUAAUUUCAAACGGUCUUCUCAUCCUCUCUGAUAACUGUUGUGUUCUGUAAUAGUUACCAUUCUAACUUCUUCAGGGAACAUAGCAACUUUCAGCACUGCCUCAUCUUAUCUGUGCAAUCACUCAUUUUCUUCUGGUCAAUUUUUAAGAUCAUACAACAUUUAUUGUUAGAAUUUCCACCACUGUGGCCUGUAAAUUCUUGCGUUUGUUCGUCCAUGGCGUGGAGGGCUGUAGCAUCGCUUUGUUCCUUUGGGAAUUUCCGCAGUAUCUUUCAGCAGCGAAGAACGGAAGAGGUGGAGCUUGGGGCGCACACCAUCAAAUCUCAUGGUGCGGUACUUGCUAGGAAUCACAGGCAUGAUUGGCUUAUAUUGCUGCUUCUUGCUGGGAUAGAAAUAGUUUUAUUUAUCAUUCAUCCGUUUUAUCGCUUUGUGGGAAAGGAUAUGAUGACAGACCUCAAAUAUCCCUUGAAAGACAGCACAGUUCCCGUAUGGGCUGUUCCUAUGUAUGCUGUUUUGUUGCCUAUUGCCAUUUUCCUUUUCUUUUACUUUCGUAGGAGAAAUGUCUACGAUCUGCACCACAGCAUUCUUGGUCUUUUAUUUGCUGUGCUGAUUACUGGGGUUAUUACGGAUGCAAUAAAGAAUGCAGUUGGUAGGCCUCGACCAGACUUCUUUUAUCGCUGCUUUCCUGAUGGAAAUGAACUCUACGAUCAAUUGGGCGACGUGGUGUGUCAUGGUAAAGAUGGUGACAUCAAGGAAGGACACAAGAGUUUCCCAAGCGGGCAUACUUCAUGGUCCUUUGCAGGUUUAGGUUUUCUGUCAUUAUACCUGUCUGGAAAAAUUCAAGUAUUUGAUCGCAGAGGGCAUGCGGCAAAACUAUGCAUUGUUAUUCUUCCACUGCUCGUUGCAUCCCUUGUUGGCAUCUCACGGGUUGAUGACUACUGGCACCAUUGGCAAGACGUAUUUGCUGGAGGUGUUCUAGGUCUAGUUGUGGCAGCGUUUUGCUAUCGGCAGUUUUUCCCACCCCCUUAUGAUAACGAUGGAUGGGGCCCUUAUGCAUAUUUCCUAGCAUUGGAGGAAUCACGUACCAAUACAAACACGGUGUAUCAUAUGGAUGCGCUUAAUGUGCAGGCUACGGGAAUUCAGGUCGUGAAUCAACAGGCAAGACAAAAUGGAAACGAGGCAUUUGCUUUGAAUGGACAUCUGAGCUCAUCGCUGGAUGAAAUGGAAUCAGGGAGGAGGUGAUAAUCGCAUAGAUUUUUCAUAUCUUGUGCCUUUUGAAGUUUAACCCACGUCCCUUGACUUGUGUAUUUAUUAAGGAAAAUCAUGUUCUUCGGAAUUAUGUCUCAUCAGUUACACUAGGUGAUGUGAGAUAUAUAAAGUAAUAAUACUGAGACAUAGGUAUUGAACAUAAUUAAUGUCAAAUUGUUAGAAUGGAAAAUUCUAUAUAUUAUACUACCA